AAAACAUCAAAUGCAGUUGCCAAAUCAGUCUUUAUUGAGCAACGAGCCAAUUGGUCAGCUGUGUGUAUACACCAAAGACUGUGUAGCCCGUUGUGUUUUACACCGAAUCGAAAUUUACGACCACAUUCUGUUUUUUUUUUUUUUUUUUUCGGGAAAAAUCACCGUUUGAACAUUUAUUAAAAAAUCGAUUGUUUUUUUGGGGCAAAACUAAACAUUGAAUAGAAGAAAAUUACGACAAAAAAUAAGUAAAAUCGUGAUUCCUUGAGAGAGAUUUUUUCGUUUUUUUUCUGUUGUUGUUCGUUGUGUGCAGAUCUCAUGAUACAGUUUAGUAUAUUUAUCGAUCACCGUACGAAUGGCGAGGCUCAAAUGAAACGAUUCAUGAAAAUGCUGAUUGCGCCGGAUGAAAUUGAACAUAAAUAAAAUUAAAAUCGUAGGAGUUUCGACAUCCUAGUUCUAGUAGUAGUGGGUUGUGUUUUUUGUGUAAAUUGUGCUGUUUCCUUUGUGUAUCAUAUGCAAAUCAUUGUUUGACGUCUUCUUUUGCGGUUUUGCAUUGCCUUUUGUUCGUAUCCAGUUCGAGAGUGAACGUACAUAGCAAAGACGUUGGGUGUCAAUGCACCCAUAAAACUUAAAUAAGAUCCAAUGAGACUCUUGGGUGCCGAUUUAUCAAAUAAAUAUAAAAUGAUACUGCUGGUUGAAGAUGAAAGUGAACUUUGAAAUUGUUUACUUGGUUGUAUUUGGCGCUCCAAAAAAGGAGAAACAAGAAUUGGAACAAAAACAAAACAUUAUUUGGAAUUUUGUAAAAGCUUGAAAUGAGUUCAAGUUGACUGAAUGUCGAACACAUGCCGAACAAAUUUCACUGGCUGGACCAAAAUGCCGAAAAACCGAAAAGUUUACUUUCUCUUUUUUUUACUCUAGCAAGUGAACGUGACAACAUUUAAUCACUUGUUGCUCGCAAGUGGCUUGCCAUUUUUCCCCCCAUCCAUUGGCUGAUUCUUGCUGCUUUAUUGGAAUUCACAUUACGGAAGUGUGCCAUUUCUUGGCGCAGCUUCAUUCAUGUGUGUUGUUGUUGUUUUUGUUUUUGCCGCUGAUGGCCUCAAUGAAACAUACAUAGACUUAUGUAAAUAUUUAUGAAUUCACCGUCGACAAUUAGCAGCUACUAAUUUAGCGUUGACACUUUUUCUGCUGUUCAUUGGUGCGUGGCAACAUGUGACAAAAACUAUAAACAACAUCUUCAAUCAUCAUCGAUAAAACGAUCUUGUGUCACAUUCAUUGUUUUGUUUAUUAUCUUUAUCAACGCAUCGAAAACACGACAUGAUCUAUUUGUUGAAUCGGAAACAUUUCGCCCAAUUUUAACAUCGCAAACGAUGCAAUAAACGGAUUACAAUAAAAAAGAAAACAAGUUUUACCAUAUCUUUACAUUACAUAAUGACCGUAACAAUAUCAAGCCCAACACUUUAUCAAUGUGUGCUGUUUUUGCAGUUGUGCUCAAUUCCGAUCGUACGAAUAAAGUUUGUUAUUUCGCGUUGAGUUUGUUUAACUGAAUUAUAGAAGAAGGUGAACAUCGGCAACAGACUCUUCUCAAAUCACAUGUAUAAACAAAAAAAAAACGUUGAAUCACAUUCUGAGAGGUAGUUUGCCAACGCAUUCACCGCCGUUUUUUAGCACUUCAUGAAAUGUAAAGCUACUAAUCUGCUUUUUUUUUCUUAAUACUUUUCGAGUGAUGAAACAAAUUAUGGUGAAUUUGAAUUUUAUGCUCAUAUUUUUUAUUUAAUUCAAAACAGUGGCAGUAACGACAAAUAAGUGCACAAUAUCUCGAAGCGCCAAUCAAAUUUUUAUUAUCAAAUGUUGUUUAAAAAUUACAUUAAUUUGUCGUAUAAUAUUUUCUGAGUCUUGACCAGAAUUAAAGUGAUUUUAGAUUCUAUGCUCAUAUUAUUUAUUUAAUUUAAACCAAAGGCAAUAUAUUUCAAAAAAGAAAUAAAACCAAGGUCUUGUCAUUCAUUUUGCAAAUAAAUAUAUUACUUCAAAGUUCAAAGUUACUUUGAUGAAAUACAUUUCAUGUAGUGCGCCAAAAAAUAGUUUGUUGUGAAACAACAAAAUAGAUUAAGUAACUAAAAACUCAAGAACGCAGAGCGGAGCGAAGCUGCAAUCAAGUCUCUGUGCUCUAAUCAAGUUCUAUGCAAAUGCAAUUGAUUUCUAUUAGCCGUAUUGUACAGAUUGUGAAACAGACACCGCGCACAUUUUUUCCCUUGUCGUCGGUCGUUUUUGUCGCUUUUUUUGUUGUUGCUGACGCGCAAACUGAUAUGAAAUUAUGGCAUUUGAUGUUUAUGAACUCUCGGUUAAACUUGAAUCACGUCAAACCUUCGAAACAAAAGAGCCCGUAAGCCGCUCGCAUGUGUAUGCCACAACUCAUGAAGAAAUUGGAUUGUAAUGCUUUCAUGUUUUCAAUUUCCACAAUGUGCAUCAGUCGCGCGAGCCUUUGAUGGAAAAUCUGUUUUUGUUGCGCAAACGCAACGGAAAAAAGUGUAUGUAUGAAAUAACAUACACGCUUCCAUUUGAAGUUUCGGAUACCCAAAAUAGCAUAGCCAUUGUGUCAAAAGACGGUGUAGUCAGUGAAUGUUUUCAUACAGUUGACACUUGAUAGUGAAACGGAUACCACAUAAAAUGCGACACAAUUUAUAAGCGGCAAUCGCAUUUCAAUCAAAACCAUCAUCAUUCAACUGAUUUUUGAAAUAAUUUUCAAUUGUUUUGUGGUUUUGUUUUAUGUGUAACAUUCCAUUUUGGGAUCUAAAGUGAAUAUUUGGCAGCCACAACUUGGUUUAUUCCAUUCAAAAUUUCAAAUUUGCUAUUCCUGAACCCGAAAUCUAUUUUUGGACUGUAUCCAGGAAGGAAUGUGUUUAACGGAGAUUCAUAUGAUUUCCAUAGAAACGCAAUCCAAAUUGAGCAGAUUUGUCCAUGAGAUACGUGAAGCAUAAAUGUUAAAUUAUGAAAUUGGGUGAAAUCGUCGCUUGGUAUCAGAAGAAAAUCGGUACUUAUGACAAACAGCCAUGGGAGCAGUUGGCAACAGUUGAGCAUCGUAUACUCAGUGGAUUUGUAAAUACUCCAUCAAAAAAUGUAGCUGCGCGUACUGAAUACAUCGAUGUGGAUUUAGUCAGAGGUUCAACAUUUCCAAAAGCAAAACCGAAACAGGGUCUCUUAACUGUGCUACGACUGGCAGUUGUGCGGUAUUUACUGUUGCCAUUGUAUGCAAAAUGGUGGGUGGCACAGACAUCGUCGCGUAUAUUUGCAUUUUUAUUCUUUUUGUAUGCGAUGCAAAUGUUGAACUGGGCCAUUUAUAGCUAUAAUGUGAAUAAACCACAAAGCAAAUCGAAUGAAUCGGAUACAUGCAGUGCCAACGGUAGUCAAGAUGAAAAAUCCACAAUCGAUUUCAUUUCGAUUACCGAUUUAGUGGUGCCAAUGUCAUUGAGUCUAUUGCUUAGUUUAAUCCAUUCACAAAUUGUGGCCACAUCGACCACCAAUCUAUCGGCAUCCGAUAAGCUAAACAAAGGCCCAAUUCAACCGAAUCGCAAGAAGCGCGAACGCAAAAAACGACGUAAAUCAACACGAUCACGGUCAUCGUUGAACACUUUAGUUUGCAACGAAACCAAAUCGAGGACCAAUAGCUUGAUUGAAGAAAAAGAAGCAAUUGAAGCGAAUGUACAAAUAGGCCGGCGAUUAAGUUCGCCGCAGCAACAACAAGAACAAUCACAACAACAACAACAACAACAGCCACAGCAAAAAGAGAAUGAGGUGAGCGACUCAAACUGUUCGCCGCCACGUUUGCGAAAGCGCAACGUCAACUGGCGUUCACCAAUCAAAAGCAAUUCCAUCGCGCCCGAUGCCCGAAAUUCCCACGACAUGGAAGAAGAGGUAAUGGUGCGAAUUCAAGACAAUGACAAUCGAAACGAAAACGAAAACGAAACCAUUGCUGCUGAUGAUGAUGGCUUCGAGAGCCUCAAUGGCAAAAGCUCAAGCGGCGAAGAAAUGUCCGCACUGAAUAAUGGCCAAGCAAUCGAUGCACAAAAUGAAACGACGCAUCGCAGCAGUAAUCAGAAAUACGCGAAUAGUGCCUACCUAAUGGGAUCAUUUGAUGAAAAUGAUGCAAACAAUAACAGUGAUAACGAUCGAAUUAAUGGAACCAAUAAAAUUGCUGAAAACAAUUGUGAUAAAAUAAAUAUGCGCCAUUUAUUGACGUUGAAGUGCUCGCGCGGCACACCCGUUUUUAGUAAUAGAGAUAAUUUAAAGCGGUACACAAGUGAUGAAGAAGACGAAGAGGACGAAGUUGACGGUGGUUCACAGCAAUCUUCGCCAACGUUGGCUCACAAACCGAUAGGCGAGGGCACAUCGUCGGCAGCUGAAUGGAUCGGCAUAACGACCAAUAGUGAAGAGUGCAGCUACAGUUCGGCGGAUAAUUCCGAAUCACAAUUGGAGUACUCAGAGAAUAAUGGCUGUGAAUGGAAUGAUUACGUCACACCAACGGUCAUUUUGAAUUCGAAUUGUGCCAUCGGCGAUCGAAUAAACUGCACCAUCUGGGAUGGGCGAGAAUUGAAAAAGAUCGAGAUGUCUGUGCUCGAAAUAUCAUCGGCUAUUAUAAAGCGAGUGGAAGCAAUUCCAGAGACAUGUGAUUACGUUUACAUUGGUCUUGUAUUCAGUCUAGUCUUAUCGCUGGUUCCUGCCUUUUGUCGUCUGUGUGAAGCCGUAAUUAAUUCGUCAGAAUCGAAUGAGAUUAACUUUUUAGAUAUGCCAGCGUUGCUACUGGAGAAAACGUCAUUUUCGUAUGAGCAAACGUUGCGGUUGGCAUUUGGGGAGACAACUUGGCAAAAGACCGUGUUGUUCAUCGAUUUCCUGUUACGAUUUUCGUUAACGUUUCUGUUCUUCUUCCUGUUGGCGGUCGCUGAACGCACGUUCAAGCAACGAUUUUUGUAUGCCAAACUUUUCUCGCAUUUAACAUCAUCGCGGCGCGCUAGAAAAUCCGAGCUACCACACUUCCGCUUGAAUAAAGUUCGUAAUAUCAAGACUUGGCUUAGUGUACGUUCCUAUCUCAAGAGACGUGGUCCUCAACGGUCCGUGGAAGUUAUUGUAUCGGGUUCAUUCAUCUUAACCCUACUUCUGCUGGCAUUCUUGAGUGUCGAAUGGCUUAAGGACUCCGUUCAAUUGCAAUCACAGCAUACAUUGGAAGCAUUGAUUUGGUCUUGUGCUUUGGGAUGUUUCUUACUGAGAUUCAUGACACUUGGCACAAAAAUCAAUCGCAAAUAUCGCAGCAUUUCGGUAUUGAUCACGGAACAAAUCAACUUAUAUUUGCAGAUUGAGCAAAAACCUCAUAAUAAAGAUGAAUUAAUGGUCUCGAAUAGUGUGUUAAAAUUAGCUGCAGAUUUACUUAAGGAAUUAGAAUCGCCAUUUAAAAUAUCUGGUCUCAGUGCAAAUCCAUAUUUGUAUACAACAAUCAAAGUGGUUAUAUUGUCGGCAUUAUCGGGUGUAUUAAGCGAAAUGCUUGGAUUUAAAUUGAAACUGCAUAAAAUUAAAAUUAAGUAGAAUGAAAUUGGACUUUGUUUAUUUCUGGAGAGCUGGUGAAGGCCUUAUUCUUUCCCAGUGCUUAUAUAGUGCUUUCUUGACCAGUCAACUAAAUAACUAUUUAGGAUUACAAGAAAAUUGUAUAUAUAUAUAUAUAUGCGAGAAAAAAAAUAAUAUUGUAAAUUUUCAACACCUCUCAUGAGGAAUUCGAUUAGUGUGGCUUGAGCUUGUUUCAAAUAUUUUUGUCCACAUCAUUGUAUGAUUAAAUUAUUAUUUAUAUGGUAGAAAUGGGAACACCAAGGCGUUUCUAUUUGCAUGCAUUUCCAACAAAUUCGUCACAAUCCUUCACAUGAAAUUCCAUCACAUCCAGUAUUUUCUUUUUCAUUGAAAUCAAAGGGGUAUUGCAACGACCAUAAAAUAUAUCUAUUUCAUCAAGUUUAUCAAGCUCUUUCCAAGUUUAUGCAUAGUGUCGAACUUUUGUUCAAGCUCUACCAUCUAAAUGUACAGUAAAAUAAUUUACGGGCAAGACGUAAGAUGGCGUUUUUCUGGUCAAAAAAAGUUGCAAUAUCCCCUUGAUUGAAAUAAUGCAUACAAUUGUUUUCGAUAACAUACAUUAAUUUCGAAGAAUAUAUAAUGAGGAUUGAGAAGAAAAUUCACGUCAUUAAAUUGGAAAGUAUUUUAUUUUUGUUGUUCAAAAACUGAUUUUUCAAAAUUGAGCCACACAACACAUUUAUUCAUCAAAAGAAACAGUGGAUUAAAAAUGUAUAUGUAGCAAAAUAUUAAGUAUUCGUUGUGGUUUUAUUUUAAAGACUUGAAUUGAAAUUGUAAACCAAAUGGAAAAUUCGUUUAAUUUUAAGUUUAUUAUAUGACCAAAAAUUUUAUUUGAAAAUAACUGCAGUUAUCAUGGUAAAAUUGGUUGAAUCAAAUAAGAAUGAUAAUCAUGAUUCUUCUUCUCACUUAUGAAAUGUACGAAUUUUGUAGUCAACACCGCUAAAAUCAAGUUGUAAUUAGAUGUAGAUGACAUCUUGUACGAAAGUAUAGGUGACAUUUUGGAAUUAUUUUACUAAAGAAUAUGAUAGAUAAGCUUAGAUGAAAAUUUGUUUAAAUACGAAGCGAAAAAUUUGAUAUUGAAAAAAAAAUUCGUCAUGUUUUGCGCCUUUACUGUGUUUGAAAAACAUCCUAGUAAAAAUGACUCUUGAUUAUUUCUGAAAUUCUCAAUGGAGAAAUAUAUUUUCGAAAAUCAAAAAUAAGCAAGCAGAAAAGAAAGCAUAAUGUUUGUGCAUCCUAUUCUUCCACUUAAGCAAAUCGAUUAUUUUAACAGUAUUUUCAGCAAAUAGAGAAAUUUUUUUAACACGUAGUCAAGCGAGAAAAAAAUGCAUAGUCAGGUAAAAAAAAAACCUAUUAGAGUAGACAAAUUUGUAGACACACAAAUCACAUAUAAUAAAGAAGAAAAUCAGAGAAAGAGAAUAAAACGAAAA